AUGGGAGGCAAGAAGGAGAGCAAUGGGAGCAGAGGGUCGGUGGUGAGGCAAAUGGAGGGGCUCUCUAACGGGAGUUUCGACAUACCAACUAUCGAGGUGUUCCUGGCUCUCAUUCGCACGCUCGACGUCUCCGGGGACGAGCUUCGGACACUCGGAGCCGACAGCCAUGAUCUCAUCGACACACUAACUGAUGUGCUUGUAGCAUUUGAACCCGGUCCCAUCGGCGUGGCGCGAGCGAGCGCGGUGCAGCUGUUUGAGUCCGUGACCAAGGAGGCCAGUGCUUCAGUCCUGGGGAGAUUGAGGCUGGAGCUCUUUCGCGCUGUCAUGGCCGUGGUGCGCGACCGGGUGUCCCUGGGCGCGACACGUGUGGCACUGUGUGUGCUCUUACACGCGUGCCCUGUUAUUCAGAACUGCAUGCUGAUCGUGGAGGCUAACGUGGAGCACAAAGCCAUCGAGCUGAAGCUCGUCGCACCAUCGUCACCGGGCUUUGGAGCGAGAGGCAAGCGCGUGAUAGAGCUAACGAUGGCACUGUGCGCAUGCGCGGACGGACGCGUGGCCGUGGCGACACACCCUGCGUGCUUCGCCGUGGUGGCCCAGCAGAUGAGAAACUGUCACGUCCCAAUUCCGUAA